AUGUCUCACGAGCAACGACAACAGGCGACAGAGCCAUCAUCUCCAGAUUAUUAUGCGCCACCGUGCUACCCGCUCUCCCCUUCCGAUCCCGCCGACGAGGCCGGCACAUCGCCGAUGCACGAACACAAGACCUUGACGCCGUUUCGGAAAUGGGCGGCCAGGGCCGGUGACUCCCAGUUCAAUGCCAUUGCCGGCGCAGUCGGCGGCUUUACCUCUGGAAUCGUCACCUGUCCUCUGGAUGUCAUCAAGACAAAACUUCAGGCCCAAGGCGCAUACCACCCUGUCGAUCUGGGCCGCCAUGCGGGGCACCCGAAGAUGUACAACGGGCUUGUAGGGACUGCCAAGGUAAUAUGGCGCGAGGAAGGAAUUCGAGGGAUGUAUCGGGGGCUUGGGCCUAUCGUGAUGGGCUACUUGCCAACUUGGGCUGUGUGGUUUACAGUGUAUAAUGAAGCCAAGACCUGGCUGGGCCAAUAUCAGGACAAUCCUCAUGUUGUCAACUUUUGGUCCUCAAUUGUGGCGGGUGGGAGUAGCACAGUUGUAACUAAUCCCAUAUGGGUCAUCAAGACUCGACUCAUGUCGCAGAGCCACUCGACCAAGCACUAUCCGCCGCACCUCUUCCCAAAGACGGGCAGCACACCUACUGCCAGGCCGACAUUAACUACCCCGUGGCACUAUCGAUCGACCAUCGACGCUGCGCGAAAGAUGUAUACUUCUGAAGGCAUAUUAUCAUUUUAUUCGGGUUUGACGCCCGCGCUUCUCGGUUUGACUCAUGUCGCCGUGCAGUUCCCGACGUAUGAAUUUCUCAAGAGAACUUUCACUGGACAAGGAAUGGGUGAAACCCCUGCCCACGGAAAGACUCACUGGUUCGGUGUAUUGUCUGCGUCUAUCUUAUCCAAGAUCCUGGCCAGCAGCGCAACGUACCCUCACGAGGUCAUACGAACAAGGCUGCAGACCCAAAGGCGGCCGGUUGCUGGAGAGCAAACAGUCCAGGGGAUGGGUGUCGAAGGGUCGCCUGGCGCAGUUAAACCCCAGCCCCAGAGUCCUAAAUACAAGGGAAUCGUCCGGACAUUCCGAACGAUACUUCAAGAGGAAGGCUGGAGAGCAUUCUACGCUGGGCUGGGAACCAACAUGACCCGGGCAGUGCCAGCCGCAGCAGUCACUAUGAUGACCUACGAGCUGGUCAUGGGUCAACUGAACAGCGCCCGUGAAGACGGCAGGGCCUUACUUGAGGAGGCAGCCGCAUUAUGA